AUAAGGGUCAGUUCCACCUGUAGCUGCUCCGUUAGUCCAGAGGAGACAGACAGGGCAGCUCGCUCGCUCACUGUUGAUCCAGCCGAAGGAAGAGGCAGAGAUGGCUGCUACCACUGCUCAGUCCAUGGGGACCCUGCCCAGCGGACUGGAGAUCUGCACCACGUUUCCAGAUAUAUUUUACUUGCCUGAACUGGUGUUCGGUGGUCUGGUUUGGAUUCUGGUGGCGUCGACCUAUGUGGCCCCACAGAACCCUCUGGGAUGGGUGAUGUUCGUCUCCGUCUUCUGCUUCGUCAUGACCUUCAUCUGGAUGAUCAUCUUUGCAGUCGGGGCUCAUAGGAGCAGUUCGGCCUGGGCAGCUGCUGACUUUGUUUACCAUUUCCUAGCCGUGCUCUUCUACCUCAGUGCAGGGGUGGAUUUGGCUUACAUCACGUUAAUAAUGAAACACAUAGAUUCAAGAAUGUACAAGAUUGAUAUUUCUGCUGUGGUUUUUGCCUUUGCAACCACACUCCUCUACUUCAUCCAUGCCCUCCUCUCUGCCAUCCGAUGGAAACAUUUCUGAAACCACACACUCCAUGAAAAGUGCUGCAGCAGUGCACAACACACAAAAAAAUCCCUACUCAGGAUUGUUUAUGAUUCUGUAUGCAUGUUUUAGAGAUAUACAAGCUGCUUAAACUCAGUUAAAGUUUAUUUUUCUAUUUGCAAAGAUGUUAACAAAAUAACUUAACAUUCACUAAAUAUAAGAGCUCAUCUUGAAACUUUUGAUCCCCAUAACUUAUGUUGCACAACAUUUAUUGAAGUGGGUUGAGACUUUCUGGAUGAUCACUGGGCAAUUUAGAAAAGGAAUAAAGUGAAUUAUUAAAAACCUAACUGAUAUUAUAGAAGCUAAUUUUAGAAUAUGUAGUUAACAAAAAUAAAAUGUAUAUGAAUAGUGAAGUAGAAAUUCUGCAUUUAUAUUAUUUGAAAAAGACAGUUCAAAUAAAAUAAACAACGGCCUAAUAAUUUUGCUAUUUUUUUUUUUUGUU